AUGGCCUCGGGUGCAGUGCCUCUGGCGAGGGCCAGCCGCGAAGAUGUGCAAGCGGCAACCGGCGAGAGCGCCGCUCCUUCGCCAGCGACUGCCCGUGCGCGAUCAGCAGCCUCCGGCCCGUGCUUCUACAGCGACGAGGCGUCCUCUCAAGCUUCCGGGCCAAUCCAUUCGCCAUUCACCGAGACCAACGUCGAGAAGGUGUUGGAAGUGCGCGCCCAGCUGAUGCAGACGUGGCACACAAUCGUGCCUCCGAGCACGCACCCGCGAUUGUACGGUCGGGGCGACUUUGGCUUCAGCGUUGCGUGUACACCCGCGCUGCUCUCGGAGGCCGGAAUCGACACAAGCUGGAGCACGUCACAGCAGUUGGACUGCCGCCUCUCCCUAUUCCAUCUGUACGUCGAUGCAGGGCUGCAGCCUAUAAAUUUGGUUGGUGCCAACAACCGGCAGUUCUACUCACUGCCCGACCGUGUAAGGUACAUGGUGCAGCGCCAUCCCGACUGCCUGCAUGUGCCUGAAGGCCCUCGCGGUACCUACUUCGUUCCGAUCAACCCGGCUUGGAUGCAGCGUUGCGGUGAGCGGAGAUAUGGUUUCCCGAUGUCCCUCGCCCGCAUCGUCCACCAUCGAAUCCGAGAGACCAUGACUCGCGACAGCUAUUCCCUGUUAACGGGCAGCUUGGAUGUGCCACAGCCGUCUGGCAGAUACUACAACCCGGCAGACUGGAUCCAAAGAUGGAACGCGUCCCUUGGCAUUUGCGAGUUGUGUGGCAUCGACAUCUACCUAUCCGCCAUGUCUGAGUGGAGCGACCCGGAAUGGCUGGCGGUCAACACGCCGCCACCACGGCGGGCACUCGCGACAACGCAGCGAACCGGUAAUACGACUAUGCACCUCGCGUCCAACUUGCACGACAAAUUGGUAUGUGCCGGCUGCAACAGUCGGACAAAUUUCAACCCAAACUACCCUUUGGGUACGCCGAUGCGCCACGUGCACCAGUGGAGCACCGAGGCGGCAGACGGUGCGGCGAGGGAGGGAUGGGGGGCGGGGGAGGCACAACACGAAGAGAUGGAGCCUCAGCUGCCCUCGGGCGCCCAGCCUUGGACUGGCCCGCAAGCGUCACCAAUCUUUGUCCCGCUCUUCGCAGCAGCUGCCAGCCGCCUCUCCUCUAAUCAGCCGAUACCGCGCGAUGCGAUGCACCCCCAACUGCAUGCCGCGGACAAAGUCCAUUUUUUGGGGUAUGUCGAGGUUGUCGCAACCACCGCGCGGCACGAUGAUAGUCUUGCGACGCUGCUGCAUGCGUUCCUGCGGGAUUUGCAGCCCAUGCCGCAGUACGAGUUCUGUGGAGGGUAUUUGGGGGCGGAGCGGCAGCAGGCAGUUUCUCGGGAAUUUGAGGCUGCAUUGUCUCGCGCGGACACAGAGGGUGGAGCGGCGCAGCACCUCGUUUUCGAGAUGUGGGUGCUUGAGGCGCUGCGGCGCAUGCAGUUGGAGAGGUGA